CCCCCAGCCGGAACAGGAAGUAGGUUGUUCGUGUCUGGGUUAAUAAAGUUUAUUGACGUCACCGGGGGGGGAUUCUGGGAUAAUGGCGGCGCCCACGGAAUGAAGAAUCCUGCAUACAUUGGGCAGUAGUAAGACCUGUGCUGGACAAGGAGACUUUCUGACCACCGCUGCCAUGGACGAAGAUUUGUCUUUGCAUAGGCUUGAGGGCACUGAUCCCUCCAUGCAGGAAGGAGGUCUGGUCGUGAAGAAGAUGAGCCCGAGCAGUGAGCAGCAUGUGUUUAAAACACCAGCUCCCCGCUCAUCCCUUCUCGGCUUGGACCUACUUGCUGCACAGAAGAGGAAAGAACGUGAAGAAAAGGAGCGACAGGAAGGUGAUAAGAAGUCCAAGGUCAGCUCUAGAGACUGGGAAGGGAAAGAAAGAACCCCCGAAGGGAACGGUGACCGGGUUAGCAGGGGAGUUCACGGGGACAGGCAUUACAGAACCGCACGUGUGGAGACUCCUUCGUAUACAGGAGGGGUUAAUGAAGAAUACCUAGCCCGGAGCCGACAGAGAGAGCGUGAUAGGAGAGAGCAUGGAGUGUAUGCAUCGUCCAAGGAUGAUCGACCGCGCAGGAAGGAACGCAGCAGUAGAGAUAGAGAUGAUCGCAGCAGACGUAGCCGGUCGGAGAGAGACAGCGGUUCUGAGAGGAGUUCGAGACGUUGUGAACCUGAAAGUCCAAGGCACCGACCCAGAGACGCCUCCACACCCUCUCGCUCUGGAUGGGAAGAGGAUGACAGUGGGUACGGAGGCGCUCAGCGCUCUCACUGGGAGUCUCCCUCUCCAACGCCAUCAAACAGAGACUCUGAGCGCAGUCACCGCAGUGAACGUAGUGAACGUAGUGAACGUGAGAGCUCAAGGAGGGAACGGUUUGGGAAGAACCAGUAUGCUGAGGACUCUCCACUACCCACACCAUCCUACAAGUUCAAUGAGUGGGCAUCUGAGAGACGCCAUCUUGGUUCCACCCCGCGGCUCUCACAGGGAAGAGGGAAGCAGGACACAGAGGAGGACGGAAUUAACUUUAUGUCAGAGGACGAUCGCCAGCAAUGGGAGGAUGAUCAAAGGCAAGCUGACAGAGACUGGUAUAUGAUGGAUGAAGGAUUUGAUGAGUCUCACAACGCCCUGAGCGCCACGUCUCAGGAAUAUGUGAAGAAGAGAGAGCAGCUCCUGCAGAAACAGAACCACAAGAGAGUGUCUGCUCAGAGGAGGCAGAUUAAUGAGGAUAACGAGCGCUGGGAAACUAAUCGUAUGCUCACCAGUGGCGUGGUCCAGAGGCUGGAAGUAGAUGAUGAUUUUGAAGAGGAUAAUGCAGCUAAAGUGCAUCUUCUGGUCCAUAACCUGGUCCCUCCCUUUCUGGAUGGACGCAUCGUGUUUACUAAGCAGCCUGAGCCAGUGAUUCCCGUGCGUGACCCGACAUCUGAUCUGGCGAUCAUCUCUCGCAAAGGCAGCCAGCUGGUCCGCAAGCACCGUGAGCAGAAGGAGCGCAAAAAGGCACAGCACAAGCACUGGGAACUGGCCGGGACAAAGCUUGGGGACAUUAUGGGGGUCAAGAAACAGGAGGACGAGCCUGAAAAGCCAGCUACGGAAGAUGGGGCUGUGGAUUACAAAACGGAGCAGAAGUUUGCAGAUCACAUGCGAGAGCGCAGCGAGGCGAGUAGCGAUUUCUCCCGUAAGAAGAGUCUCAUGGAGCAGAGGCAGUUUCUGCCCAUUUUUGCUGUGCAGCAGGAGCUGCUUACAAUCAUCAGAGACAAUAGCAUUGUCAUUGUUGUUGGGGAGACAGGCAGUGGAAAGACUACCCAGUUGACGCAGUACCUUCAUGAAGAUGGGUACACAGAUUAUGGAAUGAUUGCUUGCACACAGCCCCGUAGGGUGGCCGCUAUGUCUGUGGCAAAGCGUGUCAGUGAAGAAAUGCAGGUUGGCCUCGGGGAGGAGGUGGGCUAUGCCAUCCGAUUUGAAGACUGCACUUCAGAGAAGACCCUAAUUAAGUACAUGACUGAUGGCAUCCUUUUGCGUGAAUCUUUGCGUGAAGCCGAUCUCGAUCACUAUAGUGCUGUUAUCAUGGACGAGGCACAUGAGCGCUCACUGAACACAGACGUGCUUUUUGGACUGUUGCGUGAGGUGGUUACUCGCCGUUCAGACUUGAAGUUAAUUGUUACUUCGGCCACAAUGGAUUCUGAUAAAUUUGCUGCUUUUUUUGGUAAUGUCCCUAUUUUCCAUAUUCCGGGACGGACUUUCCCUGUUGACAUCCUAUUCAGCAAGACGCCCCAGGAGGAUUAUGUGGAAGCUGCUGUAAAACAAGCAUUGCAAAUCCAUCUCUCUGGAGCUGGGGGUGACAUUCUGAUCUUCAUGCCUGGCCAGGAAGACAUUGAGGUAACAUCAGACCAGAUCGUCGAACGCUUGGAAGAGUUGGAGAGUGCCCCACAGCUAGCUGUGCUUCCAAUCUACUCCCAGCUGCCCUCCGACCUGCAGGCCAAGAUCUUUCAGAAGGCUCCUGAUGGUGUGAGGAAAUGCAUUGUGGCUACAAACAUUGCAGAGACCUCUCUCACAGUGGAUGGGAUCAUGUUUGUGGUGGAUUCUGGGUAUUGCAAGCUGAAGGUGUUUAAUCCACGCAUCGGCAUGGACGCUUUGCAAAUUUACCCCAUCAGUCAGGCGAACGCCAACCAGCGCUCGGGUAGAGCUGGCAGAACGGGCCCCGGACAGUGCUUCAGGCUGUAUACUCAGAGCGCCUAUAAGAAUGAGCUGCUCUGUACUACGGUUCCAGAAAUCCAACGGACAAAUCUUUCUAAUGUGGUUCUACUGCUCAAAUCCCUGGGAGUCCAAGACCUGCUCCUCUUCCAUUUUAUGGAUCCUCCUCCAGAGGACAAUAUGCUCAAUUCCAUGUAUCAGCUGUGGAUCCUCGGGGCCCUUGAUAAUACAGGUUCUCUCACCUCGACCGGCCGCCUCAUGGUUGAGUUUCCACUGGAUCCAGCUCUUUCUAAGAUGCUGAUUGUGUCAUGUGAUAUGGGCUGCAGUUCUGAGAUCCUCAUCGUGGUGUCUAUGCUGUCUGUGCCAGCUAUAUUCUACCGUCCUAAGGGACGGGAGGAGGAGAGUGAUCAGGUUCGAGAGAAGUUUGCUGUCCCUGAAAGUGACCACUUGACAUUUUUAAAUGUCUUCCUUCAGUGGAAAAACAACAAUUACUCGAGCGGGUGGUGCAACCAACAUUUUAUCCAUGCCAAGGCCAUGCGCAAGGUUCGUGAAGUGCGUGCACAGCUGAAAGACAUUAUGGUGGCCCAGCGGAUGUCCCUUUCUUCCUGCGGCUCGGACUGGGAUGUAGUGAGGAAGUGCAUUUGCGCGGCCUACUUUCACCAAGCCGCUAGGCUCAAGGGGAUUGGUGAAUACGUGAAUGUACGCACAGGAAUGCCAUGUCAUUUGCACCCAACAAGCUCCCUCUUUGGAAUGGGUUACACACCGGACUAUAUUGUGUACCAUGAGCUGGUGAUGACCACAAAGGAGUACAUGCAGUGUGUCACCGCUGUGGAUGGGGAAUGGCUGGCUGAAUUGGGUCCAAUGUUCUACAGCAUCAAACAUGCUGGCAAAUCCAGACAGGAAAACAGACGCAGAGCGAAAGAGGAAGUGUCCAUCAUGGAGGAGGAGAUGAUUAUGGCUGAGGAACAGUUGCGAUCGAGGAGAGAGGAGCAGGAGAAGAAGAGCACACUGGGCAGUACGAGGGCUGCCAAGAUUUAUACCCCUGGAAGAAAAGAGCAGGUGGAUCCUGGAACCCCAAGACGCACCCCUGCACGUUUCGGGCUGUGACCCAUUUACCCGUGUCCUGAUUGCUGCGUGGGUAAAGCCAGUGACAGUUUCUGGGACUUUUUGGCUUCUGUUCUAAGAGGGAAAGGGGUUCAGUCAUUUGUUUAUUGUAAAGUGGAAUAAUGUUAUUUUUAAGCAAUAA